AUGGCAUCAUCUGACAGCACUGUAAGUCGCCGCCAAGCCUUGGAGCACGCCGGGACCCCUGGGAGUAGUGCGAAGAUCAUCAAGGGCCACUCUUUCCGGGAUGCGCUCGCUGGUACCGUUGGCCCGACAUCGGAAGCCGCCCUUCAACCAACCACGAGUGCACCCGUCGUCCCCACGAACACGACGACGACUUCAUCCUCAUCCUCCCCUCAGCCGGCCUCUGCUGUCGUCGCCACGCGCUCGUCCGUGACCCAGACACCUCGCGCUCCCUCGCAUCCGACGGCUGCUGCUGCCAUCUCUGAGAGUUCGACGACAACAACGCCCGCUUCCUCGACGACGCCGGCCUCUGCCAACGUCUCUACAGACGCAACGAUUGGCACACUCCUUGUGGCAAUACGUGUUGCGAUCCCGGUGCUGAUCAUGUGA